CGUAGCCGUUACUACAGGGCUUGCCAGUCCGUUCGCCGCGGCUACGACGCACGCUCCUCUCUUUACUCAUCCAACAUUUGUAUCCUACGCAGCGCGAAGCGAUGUUCAUAGACGCGUGAUCGCAUGAUUAUUGCUACUUAACAGUGACAGCUCAAGUGAUUAAUAUUAACAGUAAAACAGGCAGUGGAGGUGUGAUGGAAGUGCUUAGGUGAGGGCGCGCGACGGGCGGGGCGCCUCGCCUGCGCCCGCCCAUGGCUCCCGCUUUCAUAUUUAGAUGGAUGAUGCAGUAUCUGGUGGCUGUGACGAUGAUGGGCACGCUGUGUGGCGCAGGACACACGGCAAUGGCCCCGUCACUGGCGCCGCCCUGUCCCACGCACUGCAUAUGUCUUUCACAAUCACAGGUGGUGUGCAAUAGUGCAACGCUCCGCGGUGUGCCUUCGGCGCUAAGCCCAAGUGUGACACAGCUGUCGCUCUCACGUGCAGAUAUACGUAUUCUUCGUUCGGAUGCGUUCGCACAUUUGAGGCAAUUACGGCGACUUGCACUUGACGCUUGUAACCUGACGCGUAUACGGCCUUUCGCCUUUCGUGGUUUACCACGCCUACGAGAACUAUACAUACAGCAUACACCUCUCGCCACUGUCGAUGCGUUCGCCUUUGCUGCACUUCAGAACAUCAGCUCUAUCAUUCUGACCCAUAACAGAAUAGCGCAAAUCGAAGGGUAUGCAUUCGCUGGAACCAAUUUUAUAAAGCAAAUUUCACUCCGGAAUAAUCCUAUAAAACGCAUUUUAGCUCACGCCUUCUCGGGACUCAAAGAUAUCGUACAAAUAGAACUUCCCUCGGGAAUCAGAUCGAUCGAACCACUGGCUUUUGCAGGCCUAGAAGGAAUUGGUACACUGGAGUUAGCUUAUAUGGACCUCCCAGCAGUAUUGUCCGAUACAUUUCGGGGAUUGACACGUGUUGGACGUCUUGCGUUACGAGAAUCUGACCUAGGAAUUGUUAGAGUCGGCGCUUUUGAUGGUCUGCAGCGUGUUGAAAUACUUGAAAUGUGCAAUAACAAAAUAGACGCUGUCGAGGAGUUGUCAUUAGUACAAAAUAACAGCGUCACAACGUUCAAAUUAACAGGCAAUCAUAUGUUAGAGACACCAGAGUCCGUGGUGUUAGAAGUGGAGGAUAUUGUGAUUCGAGGUAAUCAUUUACCUUGUGAGUGCGGACGGGAUCCUCUAGCAAACCCACUGGCUCUUACACAGGAGUUUGCGGAGGAUAAUUUUUGCAUAUCGCCAUUAAAAGUGCGAGGGCGUAGUUUGGCUAGCGCAGCGGCUGCAGGAGCGGCAUGUCGCGGCGAGUCUGGUGGCAAUGCGAGAGCCCGGGCCGCCGCCGGCGCAGGCGCUGUCCGCCUAGGAUAUGCGCUGGCACUUCCACACUUCGCACUCACGAUGACCGCCUUCGCAUUUUUAGCGAGUAGCUAACUGCCCUCGGUGUUCAAUUAUUAUGUAUCCAUUUGUAAAUAUUGUAAUAUAUCUAAUCAAGUAUAAUUAUGCGAAGUUUUACAUUGAAUGGGUCCGUUCAUUGAGUAUACGUUGGACCAUGAAUAAAAUUUGCCUUUCAA